CUAAACUCCCUCCUGCUGACAAAGCCCAACUCAAGCCUGGCGCGGGGAAAUGUAUACGGUACGCGGUGUUAAAAGUCGCCAAAGAGCACCACAUACUCAAAGUAUAUCCCUGAAAUUAGUCGAUGACAAACAACAGACACCAUAUUAACUGCUUACCGUUGUUAUUUGGGGUAUUUUUUACGGGGAACCUGGUACAUUUCCCAUGCUAACUUUGAACAGCUGGCUUGCCACAUAAAGGCCGAACGACCCCGGCACAGCUGGGACCCAUAUUUUCCUCAUUUCACCAUUUCACGGCAACAGCGACGGCACCGAGCAAGCAGGCACCCCCCUGGGUUGUAUGACAAUGUCACACAUCACUGAAGAAGCAUGCAGGGAGGCAUCGAUCUACCGUGAUGCAGGGAUUGACGCUUUGAUCAUUGAGAACAUGCACGAUAUCCCUUACUCGUUCUCUGUGGGCCCCGAGGUGUGUGCCUGUAUGACUGCAGUAUGCACUGCUGUGAGAAGCAUCUGUCCACUCCUGCCGCUCGGAGUUCAAAUACUGUCUUCUGCUAACCAGCAAGCUUUGGCCGUAGCGCUGGCUUCAGGUCUGGAUUUCAUCAGGGCCGAGGGUUUUGUCUUUUCUCACGUGGCUGAUGAGGGUUUCCUAAAUGCCUGUGCCGGAGACUUACUGAGGUAUCGCAAACAGAUUGGAGCUGAGCAUGUGCAGAUCUUCACUGACAUCAAAAAGAAGCACAGCUCCCAUGCCCUGACAUCAGAUGUGACCAUUGAAGAGACGGCACGUGCUGCGGAGUUCUUCCUCUCAGAUGGACUCGUCAUCACGGGAGCGGCUACCGGCGUGACGGCUGACCCGAGGGAGCUCAGAGAGGUUUCCAAGUCUGUGAGAAUCCCAGUGCUGAUAGGUUCCGGAGUGACCCAUGACAACAUUGAACACUACCUUGAUGCAAAUGGAAUGAUCAUAGGGUCUCAUUUCAAGGAGAAUGGCCACUGGGCCAAUGCAGUAAACCCGGAGAAAGUCAAGAGGUUCAUGGACAAGAUACGCGACCUUCGAAAAUGAAAGGGAAGGUUUUCUGUCGUCACCCCAGUGUCGUGUACUUCCAUUCUCGGGGGUAACUGCAGGUCUUGAAGUCUUAAAAAGCAUUUACUUACCUCAAAAGAAGUCUUCAAUUUCAUUGACAAAGGUCCUAAAUAUUUUAUCUUUCCUGCCGUAGACAAUAACAUUAGUUAUGAAGUUCAUGACUCAUAAUGGGCAAGUGUCGUUUUUAGAAAGUUUGAGUAAGUAGUAAGUGUAAUUUUAUUCCCUCCAUCAAUCACUUAUCUGCAUCAAGGUCACAUUACUUGAUUCAUUGUAUUAAUAGGAAUUGUUGUUAUAUACAGAUAGAAUGUACUGACAAAAAUUUCCAGGUUUUAAUGUUAUCUUGUGUGUUUUUAAAAAGGCCUUAAAAAGUCAUAAAUAUAAUUUGGAGAACCCUGCA